UUUUUUACAGUCAAGAUUUUCUACAGAACAGCUAUUAUUCGGUUUAGCAACAUGUCCUCCAUCGAUUAUACAAAGGUGUACCUAGGAAAUCUGCGAAAAGACAUACAAUCACAGAUUCUUAAAAAUCAAAUUUAUGAUUUGUUCAGGAAUAACUUAAACAUCCAAAUUAAUCGCUCUGACAUCAAAAUUCACCCAAAAAGGAAAUCAGAUUUUAAGUCUGCUAUUGUUGAUUGUCAUGACGAACAUGAAGCAAAACAUGCUCUCGAUCAGUUUGGCACAUGGAAGUCGAGCGGACAGAAACACGUUCACUUUAACUGGGACUCUAUUUGUACAGAAUCAGAUCUUUUGACUUUUGACUACAAACGUACUGGUGCUGCAAAAAAGAACAAAACAAAGAUUAAACCUGAAAAAAGGACUGGGGCGGAUAUUGCAGGGAAAGCAGGUCCUUCAACCAGUGAUAAUGCUUAUGCUCAGAAGAAAGAGCACGAGAACUUAUAUCCAUCAGAGAAGGUAGAUACUGCUACUACUACAGGAAAAGGCGAUGAAUCUGAGUCUCAGCGUAAGUUUUACUUAGAAGAUGAGCAACUCGGUAAUGAAACUAGACAGAAAGAAUUCAAAGAAGGCUACAUACCAUCUGACAAAAAAGCCAGGAAAGAGCUUCUUUUAAAAUACCUUUCUGCAUUUCUUAACAGUGGCGAGGGCGGGACGUUGUAUUUCGGCGUAAACGACCAAGGUAGGUGCAGAAAUGAUUUUCAUAAUUUUUUAAGAGGAAUAUAGGAUCUGAUACAAAUAAAAUCAAAUGUUUACUA